AUGGUGGGCAGCUUGCCUGGAUUAGCCACUUCGACUUCUGACCAUUCCCUGAUACGGCUUGAACGCGGUCGGAUCAGAAAGGAUUCGGACAUGGAAAUCAUGACACACAAUGCAAGGAAUGCGUCCAGGAAUGUAGAAGACACUUUGACCGCUGCAGCUGGAAUUCAACUUAUGUGCGAGAUAACGACAGUAACGGCGGUUUAG